GAUAAAUGCCAGUGCUCAUACAUUUUCUACACAUUUCAAUAGACGCAACCGCACCGGCUGGACACGGCCCGGGACUGGACAUCCGCGGUUUUAAUUCAAAAUGCAGUGCCGUGGAACUAUAGUCCUUUUGUGCUUGAGUGUGGCAGCUGUCACCGCGGAUUUAGGGGUCAGCCUCAAGCUCUUGGGCAGGGUGUACGACAGCUGCGAGGGGUCCCAGGAGAUCGUCAAGUGUUUGAAGGUCAAAGCCGCAAAGUUCAUCGACCGAGCCGCCCGCGCGGAUAACCUCCCCAUCGUGGAAGGAGUCUCUCUAGUGAAGAAUGAGGGCGCGGAACGGGCGUUCCCUGCUUCGCUACCUGAUGGGGACCUCAAUGCCCUCCCGUCGGACCAAGUCGACAAAUAUCUCCAUCUUGCUACUACGAAGCUUCUGCAGACGCACCGAGUGGUGAUAUCUCCGACGAGCAUUGGAGGCGAUGUGGGCAGAUCCAUGAACGAGGCGCGGAGCAAGCUGAAGAAGAUGAUUGGACCGAUCAUCGCUGGUGUUGCUAUCAAGGGUGGUUUCCUCGCUAUCGCGUUCCAGGCUAUCGCUUUGAUCGCCGGUAAAGCUUUGCUGAUUGGUAAGAUUGCUCUGCUCCUGUCUGCGAUCAUCGGUUUGAAGAAGUUAGUGUCCGGUGGUGAAGCCCAUGAGAAGACUACGUAUGAAAUCGUGAAGCACCCGCAAGUGUCUCAGAGUCACACGUAUUCCUCUUCCCACUACGGCAGCGACUUCGACGCUACAGGACCUGGAGGACACUACAGGAGGAGUGUGGAAGACGAGGCGGCUGCCCAGGAUAGGGCAUACAGAGCCUAUUCAAUGAAGCAGUAGACGAUACUUUAGGAAGGUUGGCUUACGACUCCAAAUACAAAAUUUACAACGACGACGGCAUUUCAAGCAUACCCAAAGCUUAUUUUUGAAUAGAGACAAACAUAAUCACUAACUUAUUUAUUUAUGAAACACAUAAUUAAACGAUACUAAUAACUAUAAUACUACAUUAAUGUAUUUACUCAGUAGUUACUGUAACGAUCAUUUAAUCAAUAUUUAGUGGAUUAUUUUACGAUGGCAUUAUUUAUGAAACUGUAAUCAAAAUGUAAAUAAGUAAGAGAAAAAUUGACAUUAUAUUUAUGCAUAUUCGCGCGUAUUUAAGUAUUAGAUAGUAACUAAAUAUGUAGUAAUAAUUGCACCAAAUAUAAUGUUGAUGUAUUGAGUAUUUUAUACAGAAAGUAUUUAUAUACUUAAGGUUAUUUAUUGUCUAAAUAUAAGUUAGGUUAUUCGACGGGUCCCGUGCAUUUUCGUCGCAACGUUCAAUUGUCCAAUUUUGUAAAAAUAGCAUAAGUUUACAAAUAAGGUUUUGUAUCUUAUCGUAGUUCAUUUAAGGGUGCUUUUAGUAUAAGUAGCAGAAUUAUUUAUAAACUACAUUUCCGUUUUCUGUUAAUUGUCGAUAAUAGACAAGGUGGUUACGCGAGUACCUUUAAUAUGAAUAUUUGUAAUAAUGUGUAACUGAAUUUAACUAUAAUAAUAGUUUUGUAAUGAUUGUAGCUUGGAUUAUGAUUAAAUUACGUAUGAUGAUGAAAGAUAUCCUAAGAGAGAGAGAGAGAUAAAAAGAGAAUUGAUUGAAACCGUUUGGCUUGUUUUAUUUUGGGGUUUGGAAAUUUAGUGACAUUCGAAAUAAAAAAGGUUUGAAUGCUUA